AUGGCUGAGCGGGAAGGGCUCCACUUUUUUUCAGCUUUGCUCCUUCCCAGCCAAAGGAUAGCCAUAGAUUUGCGAUGCCCAGAUACCAAGAUAUACCAAGACUCCGAAGGGAGAUGGCUGUCUCCGGGAGAGAUGGACAGACUCAAUCAUUCUAUUCUAUACCAUCAGCCACGCCUAAAAUUCGUUCCACCAUUGCAAUCGUUUACUCGGUCACGGCGUCAAAAGUACACUAUGCGUUCCCAAAAGACUAAGCACAAGCACAUGCAGCUUGACUCGCGGAUAUCAGCAAAGAUCAAGUGGAACAACAUGAUGAAGACAUUCCUCUGCGUUAUGGUUCGUUGCUAUAUAACCAACUGGAAAAGUUUUACGGCUGUCUUCAACCUUGCGUUUGCAAAGAAUCUUGAAGCAUGUGGUUUCACUGAUGGCACUCGAAUGCAACCACUGCGAAGCCAAUGGCAGCAUCUAAAACACUGGAAGGAUUCUAUCUGGAUUUGUGUCAACAAAACUCCUUUAGCCCAGUGGGCAGGGCUCAGUUUAUUCGUGGAGAUGAUUGAUCGUGUAGCUCAUGGAAAAGUCCGUCUCUUUGCUCAACGAGGUGUCAAUAUCCCACAUCUUAUUGCAAUGGGCAAAGAAGCGCGCCUAGAAUGCAUCUCCUCUUCCUCCUCUGCUACACCAAGUCGACCUCGAGUCCAGCAAACGCCACCGGAAACUCCAGUCCAGAUAGAACCUCCGAUCCCUUCCCAGCUGCCGCCAGCAUCAGUAGUACCAGAUACCCCAAUUCCACCAACAACAGUCAGAGAACCCGCCCCUAGCGAGUCGCUGACUCCAACGCAUAGCUCUAGCCAGUCCGCCGCUCAUUUCAAUGUAACGCCAUCACCACCGCUAUCAAGACCACAGGAUAUACGGCCAGAUGCAACUCCACCACCGCUACUGUUUCGGUUCUGGGAUGAAAAGAGCGGUGGCGUGAAUUCAGCCAACAAGUUUAUUGCAGGCAUGUGGGAUGCAGAUAUAAAUACAAUCCCCGAUCAUUCUACUGUUCAUCCUCGGAUAAUGUCUACAUUGCUUCGGAUGCAUCUCACUAGGAUCAACGUUUCGUCUGCGUUUAUCUCCUUAUCUACAAGCCCCCUUGGAGUAUUCCAUCGUGCACUUAAAGCCGGAACAGCCAACAUCUCCAUCCUAGAUACGUCUAAGAUAGACCAUUCCCAGUUAUUCUGUGUUUUUCCGAUCCUCAGGAACGAGCCGAUUAUGUAUGGCAACGAGGGGAAAAGUCGGUACUUUGGCCAAGGGGAGUGGCUGGCUUGGGGCACUAUACCAUCUGAGGCCAUUCUCACCACCUUCUCCACCAAUACUCUGUUUUCAAUCUCUACUGAAUACCCGAAAAUUGGAAAGUUACUACAGCUCCAUGUUAUCAAGAAUGCAAAGUUCAACAGAGCCCCUCUCGUUAGGAAACUUGGAUCCAAAAAGGUCAUGGCAGAUAUACAAUCCGGCAGAUGUGUGGGUCAGUUUUUAAAGCUUCUUAAUGUCCCACAAUCGCAUAUAUCUGCCAUUGCUCUACUAUUUGCGAUAAAGUGGUCAUGGAGGUCUCCCGGAGAUAAACGUGAAGCAUAUUUACAAGGAGUGCAACGAGGCUUUAUAAGUGCUUAUAGCCUAGAACUCCCACCUCCUGAUGCAGUUGAUACUGAAAGCGACGACGAUGAGGAUCCAACCGGCGAAUACUACGAAGAACACGAAGAUGAUGAUAAUGAAGAUGGUCAAGAUCAAGACGAGACUGAGGAGAAUAGCGAUAUGAGGGAAGGCAUUACUGAAUUGGCCAAGGGGAUAGUGGAUCCUUUUGCCACUAAACGUGCAAGCAUUGCAGCAAUGCUGAAAUGGUAG